AGAGAAACCUCUGUCCGCAGGCCCCGGCGGAGGCAGCUUCUUCUGCCGGCCUCCGAGCCCUCUGAGGCGGCGUGGGUGCUCUACUCAAGCCCGGUGGAAGGAGCCCGACCCGCAGGAAGCCCGACCCGCAGGCCUCACAGGCUGCAGACCCGGAGUCCGCGGGCUGAUCACCGAGCCUCCCUCUCCUGCAGAAGAACACCCUUACUCCUCUCCCGGUUUCAUGUAGAACCGUAUUUAAAACGCAUGAAAGAGUCCGGGCUGCACCGGGACACUUUCAGCCGCACAGCUGACGUGACUUAGCUGUAGAGCUAACUUGUAAAAAAAAAAAACCCUCCAGAAAACCGCUCAGCAGCUGCCCGAAAACACGCAGCCUGAACCGGGCAGCAGUCCUCCGGGAGAGUCGGUGUCACUGUCCCCCCGAAAAACACCGAGAAAUCCCCCCGAAAACCCGGAUUAUCAACACUUCAAAGGUUUUCACAACAUAGUCCUUCACAACAUAGAGGUAGUUCUCCAACUGUGGAAACAGCGCCGCCCGCCGGACACACCGGCAGCAGUGAGAGCCAGGCAGUGAGGCCGGCGGAAGGACGCGAUCCGCGGGGAGAAAGACAGCGACAUGUCGGGGGGAUCCAGGCCGACUGGAUGUGACUGAGAGAGAGGAGAAUGGAGGGAGAGAAAGAGACGGCAGAGGAGAAGGAGGAGGAGGAAGAGGAGGAAGAGGAUCUUCAUCACAUCGCGGCAACGGCGUCCUCUAUAGACCACCAGGAACUUCCCAUCAUGCACUGGGAGGACUUGAGCCAGCGGAUAGCGGAGCUGGAGCAGCAGGAGCAGGAGAGAAGCCAGAGGUCAAAGAGGGGGGUGAGGCCGGAGGAUGGAGAGUGGAGAGACGUUUGGGAGGAAGACGAGGAAGACUUCAGGAAGUGCCGCGUUGCCGUCGUGUCAUCACGAUUUCACCACCACAAAAACCUGCAGCUGUGCUUCAUCAACAACAGCGACAGUGAGGAAGAGGAGGACAAAAAGAUUACUAAACGUAAGGGUUGCAAUGGUGCCGGUCUGAAACAGGAAGUGGUGUCGGCUCUGAGGACGCUGAGGGACGAGCUGCUGGCUGAGCAGAGGGAGUGUGUGUCUGGCAGCAGCAGCUGUGGUGCAGAGCGGAGGAAACAUCUGGAGCGCCAGGAGCUGCAGCAGCGCUCGGUGACACAGCUCAGCAGAGACAGAGCCACACUGCAACACUCUGAGCUCGGAGCUGGUGGCUCUGCUGCUGGUGCGGGACCAGCUGAGGACCAAGCAGGACGCCAUGCUGCUGGACGUCCAGGACCUCACCUGACCCGGACCAGAAACCAUUCUCCUAUCCCCAACGCUCCAAGCCUAUGAGGACGCUCGAACAAAAAUGGACCUGGAGGUAUUUAACUAUCGGAGGAACUCUCGGACUUCCAGGUUGAAGGAAAAUGACACGAGCUGAAUCUGAGCUAGUGUUAGCGUGUCACCAGAACCAAGUCCAGACCAAUGUUCUGCAAACCUGUGGGUACUCGUCUGUCUUCAGUACCGCAGGGGACUCUAUUUCAGAAGCUGUUACCUCCGGUUCAUCCUGAUGAUGCUACAUUGAGAACAGCUAAACUGCAGGAGAGCAAGUUAAUGGUAGCAGCUAGCAGCUAAUGGAGCUACAUCAUGAUGCAAGCUCUGGUUCACUGGUUCUGGUAUCGACUGCUAAACUGGUGGGUUUUGUGGCAUUGAUGUGUUGUUAGUAACCAACGGCAGGUUGACCGGAGACGAGGAACAAAGAUUUGAGUCAAACCAGACGCUCGGGAAGACAAACGCUUCUGGGUUUUAUCCUAAUUUCUUCUGAGUGUUUUAGCCACUUAGCUCUCAGUUUGGGUCCAGCAGGGAGGAGGAGGAGGUUCUGUCCGGUUUACAGAUUGGACCCCCACCAAGGCUGAAUGCACGAUAUCAAAAUGUAAACGAAAGAGGAAAAUAAUGAGAUUCAGAACCACUCCAAAAUCUCACCCGUGAUAUAAUGCUGAGUCCGGGUUCAGGACUCAUUCCUUUGGGUCAUGUUCCUGAGGCAGAGAAGGAUUUAGACGAACGUGUUUAAUACAUGUUUAUGCACAUACGGGAUUCUAACUUAUCUUAUUUAAUUUAGUGUUUAUCGCUUUGUGACGAUAAUAAGGGAACAUUAAACUCGUACAGGAAGAGCUACUAAACUUCUGUCCCUAUAUCCCAGGGUUUUCUAGAAAGAUGUAGUCUGAGGGGAUCCUGUGGCGCUGAUCCUGUGGCGCUGAUCCUGUGGCGCUGAUCCUGUGGCGCUGAUCUUGUGGCGCUGAUCCUGUGGCGCUGAUCUUAUGGCGCUGAUCUUGUGGCGCUGAUCCUGUGGCGCUGAUCUUGUGGCACUGAUCUUGUGGCGCUGAUCUUGUGGCGCUGAUCCUGUUUAUAAGAUAAAUCCUGACGCCCGUAAACAACAACGUGACUUCUGACCCACAGAGAUAUGGUUUCCUGUUAGCUGGCACAGACAAAACCCUGCCAACUCGUAUAAGCCUGUUGUUUUUACUACAGAGAUGUAUGCUGAUAUUUUGAAAUGUCAGAUUUAUAAUUCAAGAUUCAAAUCUAAAAGAAAACUGAAUGAUAUAUAUUUUAACAUUUUGGGAGAAAUGAAACGGUCGGUUGCUUCUUCCCGUCUUCUUUUACAAUGGAUUUGUGAUUUUACCGUAAUGGUUAAUUAUUUGACCUUCAGGAACAUCAGAUAGUACGUCAUGUUUACUCGUGAGAUUAAUAAAGGGAAUAAUCCACCUGAAAUAUUUAUACCGGCUUAUUAUUUUUAACUCGUUAUUUUCUGAUUUAGAUCAUUUAAAAUCCUCCUCCAAAAUAAAGUAUAUUUGAAUACAGAUUAUUUGAUUAUAAAAUGAAGAUGAAGAGCUGCAUAUUAAAUAAGAUGAUGAUAUUUUUAUAUUUAGAGUCACAGAUAUUUGUAUAUCUCACUGGGACGAGUAUUUAGGGAUGAGUUUUAAAAAGUUAAUAAAAAGUUAUUAUGAAAUA